AUGAAGUUGGCUCUCCUGUUACCCUGGGCGUGCUGCUGCCUCUGCGGGUCGGCGCUGGCCACCGGCUUCCUCUAUCCCUUUCCGGCCGCAGCUCUGCAGCAGCACGGCUACCCCGAGCCGGCCGCCGGCUCCCCUGGCAACAGCUACACCAGCCGCCGGCACUGGUGCCAUCACACAGUGACACGGACUGUGUCCUGCCAGGUGCAGAACGGCUCAGAGACGGUGGUCCAGCGUGUGUACCAGAGCUGCCGGUGGCCCGGGCCCUGCACCAACCUUGUGAGGACUCUGAUCAGACCCACGUACAGAGUGUCCUACCGCACGGUGACGGCGCUGGAGUGGAAAUGCUGCCCUGGUUUCACCGGGAGCAACUGUGACGAGGAAUGCAUGAACUGCACUCGGCUCAGCAACAUGAAUGAGCGGCUGACCACGCUGGAGGCCAAGGUUCUCCUCUUGGAGGCAGCAGAGCUACCCUCAGGCCCGGACAACGACCUGCCAGCCCCCCAGAGCACCCUGCCACCCUGGAACGAGGACUUCCUCCCUGAUGCCAUCCCUCUCGCCCACCCAGGGCCCCGAAGGAAAAGGCCCACAGGCCCAGCCGGGCCCCCGGGACAGACGGGACCACCAGGGCCUGCAGGUCCCCCAGGCUCCAAAGGUGACAGGGGCCAGACAGGAGAGAAGGGCCCUGCAGGGCCUCCAGGGUUCUUGGGGCCCCCAGGGCCCCGUGGACUUCCUGGAGAGAUGGGGCGCCCUGGGCCUCCCGGGCCACCUGGCCCAGCAGGCAGCCCGGGCCCCUCCACCAGCGGCCCCCAAGGCGCUCUGUACUCCCUGCAGCCACCCACGGACAGAGAAGGGGGAGACUCCCAGCUGGCCUCAACCGUUGUGGACACGGUGUUGGCGGGCAUCCCGGGGCCCCGGGGGCCCCCCGGGCCACCAGGGCCCCCCGGACCACAUGGGCCUCCAGGACCCCCAGGUGCUCCCGGAUCCCAGGUCCUGACUGGAGAGCGGGACAUGGCAGGGCCAUCUGGAGAACCUGGUGUGAAGGGGGAGGAAGGAGAGAAGACCACUGAGGGCGAGGGGGUACAGCAGCUGCGGGAGGCCCUGAAGAUCCUGGCGGAGAGGGUGCUCAUCCUGGAGCACAUGAUUGGGAUCCAUGAUCCCUUGGCCUCUCCUGAGGGGGGCUCUGGUCAGGAUGCCGCCCUAAGAGCUAACCUCAAGAUGAAGCGAGGUGGCUCUCCAGCUGACGGUGCCCUUGCUGCCUUGCUUAGCCCAGUUACUGGGCAGAAGAAUACUGGCCAUGCCAGUGGAAGGAAGUAA